AUGUUGCUGGGGGAACCAUCGUUGUACAUGGAAGAUUGUGAUAGUAUUCCACUCACCGGCUUAGACGAUUCCGACCCUAGCGAGUUGGACCCUAGCGAGUUGGACCCGGCGGAGUACGAUGACCAGUAUGAGGUUUUCUACGAAGACUUCGAAACCGGGGUCGACGAGUGGGCAAACGUUGAAUCAGAUGAAUUUUAUACAUCGGAUAUCGAGGCACCAUCAUCAAACGGCGUCUUGCAAAGCUCCGAAGGUGACUACUUCUACACCGAUGGGCAAGGAAACGUCAUUCCCGUUGAGAAACAGGAUGUCUCAGAAUACCAACCAGAUGAGUGGGUAUCUCCUCACAAACUGGAAGAAUGUGAUGAUUUUAGCGAAGACUGGGAAGAAGAAAUAGAGGAGGAUGUGGAUGAGGUUGAAGAAAACGGAUAUCAUAUGUACGACGAAGACUGGGCCUUCGACCCACCAAUGUACCCUCACGAAUGA